UGACGGGGCAGCUGGUUGCUGCGUGUGGGAGGGUUUGUUGGGGUGAACGAUUCCAAAUGACCUGCAGCUCUGCUCUAGUCCCGCUCUCCAACAGAGGACAAAUGAGGUUCUCUCGCUGGUCACGACAUGAACUGAUUUCUCCUCAAAUAACAGAUCACUGGGCUAAGCAAAGACAAAAGUCGUUCAUUAUGGCACAACUGCCAACUGGUCAGACAAUUGCGUUCUGCAAGCCACGUGCAGACGGUCGAUUGCAGGCUUCUCGAGCCAGACAGACGGGUGUUGCUAUUCUUCCUGGAGAAACGUUGGCUCCAAUUGGUGAUCCAGAUUACAACAACUUAAUUGUUCAGAUGCUGCACAAUCCAGCUCUUGUACAGCCGAGACCACCGACUGACUCUCGAGAGAGAUACAAACCGGGCCAGAUCACUCCCUCUGUUUACUAUGAACGAGCCAGAUGCGGACAUCAGUACUGGUAUCAAGAGAAAACAGGAAAAUCAUACAGAAACAAAGUGUCGAUGGGAGCAAAGGCGACCGUUUUGGGCCUCGCCUUUUCGCCUCGAAAAUAAAGCAGCAACAAUGUAGCUACACUUACAGUACAGAGAGCUAGGUAGAUGUCUAUAUGAUUGGUAUGUAUUUCAGUUGACUUAAAGUCUAUAGCUAAUCACAACUAUUCCAUCGAGAUUGUCUAGUCAGUUGAGCUUCUAGUUUCUGUAGCAUCGUAGACAUAGCAAGUACGUGUAUAGAGAGA